UCUACUAUUGCGAAUUAACAAACAUACCCCUCUACUAAUUUUUUGCACAAAUAUACCCUUUUACUAUUAAAACGUAACAAAUAUACACUUCCGUCUACUUUUCUGUUAAAUAACCGUUUAAUGAGUGGUGACGCAACUCUCUUCUCCCGCGAACAUCAGUUGUUGACGCAAUCCACUUCUCCCUCCAUCUGUGCGUCCGGCCACCGGCGCCAGAGAAAUCUUGUAUAUGUCUAUAUGAACUGCCAGCUGAACAUCCUUUGGCUGCCGAGAGCAUAGCUAGCUUCACUAUAUAUAUUAGGAGCAGCCUUUGGAUGAGAGCGUAGCCAGAUUUCUAUGGUACAGGGGAGAGAGGGGAGUAGAGAGGAAGAAGAAAGGGUUUGUUGUCGGGUUAGAACGGCUGGGAAUGCUUAGAUUUUCUUAUUUAAAUUUGUGGGAUAGCUUUUAAUUUUUAGAGACAUAAAAUAUAUUAAAUCAAAAUUAGUAGUUUUCAUGAGUUAAUGAGGGCAAUUGGGACAUUUUACGGUCUAUUAAACGGACAUUUAACAGAAAAUUAGACGGAAGUAUAUAUUCGUUACGUUUUAAUAGUAGAAGGGUAUGUUUGUGCAAAAAAUUAGUAGAGGGGUAUGUUUGUUAAUUCGCAAUAGUAGAGGGGCAUAAAAUGCUAUUAACCCUUAUAUAUAUAUGCUAAAUAUUGAUUAUUUCUAGACAAAAUACAUAUGCAUGCGUAUAAUCGGGCGGGUUCGGGUUGGAUCGUGAGAAACCCAUGCUCACCCAUUAUCCGCAAUUUUUGGGUUCGGAUUUUACCGGUACCCACUAAAUGUCCUUCGAGUUCAAGUUUUACCCUACCCGAUUAGGCCUGAUUCGAGCAGAUAUCCACAAUUACAGAUAUUUUUGCCAUCCCUAGCGUGAGUGCAUGGGAAUGUUUCUGAGUUAUUUAAAAAAAAUUAAAAUUUGCAUUAAUUACUUUGUCGCAUAAUCCCGUAAAGUAUGGAGAAGAAUAUCAAAGGGAGGGUCCAAUCACCAGCCGAAAAUGGGCCGAUUUGAACAAAUGGAGGAGUCUACUUUGUUAGAUUUUCUCCUGCUAAUGGUCCGUCGUGGCCCAUAAAAAAACCCAUAACCACCUAAUUAAGCCAGGCCCAAAUUUAGCCCAGCCCGUUAAAAAACCUUGGGGGGACGGCGAUUCAUUGAACCAAACUCGUGCUUAGUUUACUCUGGGCGGCGCGCAAGUGGGAGAUGGCAAACGUGGCGUGUCGCUAUUCGUUUUUGGAUGAGAUUGAAAAAUAAUUUUGAGAAAGCGAUAUCCGAGAAACCUAAUUAACGUGUAAUUAAUUAUUAAUUAACCUCAAUAAUUGGGCUUAGAUAUUUUGCUUCCCCGAUCCUCUUUUCUUUCUCCUCCUCCUUUUGCUUUCUCCGUUUCCAUUCCUUCUGCAGACAGCUCAGCCAGAGCUGCAGAGGCAUCCACUUGAGAAAAAAAAAAUUACAGCUGAUUCAUCAUCCAAGUGGUUCCCUCUUGCACAAAAAUUCCUAUUUUUCCACCGGCCGCCUCGUUUGUUCGACGAGCCGAUCUCUGGCGUUAGUUUCUUUCAACUUGUGCUUGCUUUCCCAAGCUCGAGUUAGCAGAAACUGUAAAUGGAGCUGUCGUUUCUGAGAUUUCCUGUUUGUUUGUCUAUUUGGUUCCUGGGAAAAUUUCAGGUGGGCAGCUGAAGAGAAAAAGAAGGAAUGGAAAGCGGAUUGAAAAUGCAAUCUUCUCCUCCUCUUCAGGAUAUGGGAAUUGGGAACUUCGGGUGUUCGCACUACAGUAGAAGGUGCAAGAUCAGGGCGCCGUGCUGUGACGAGAUAUUUGAUUGCAGGCAUUGCCAUAACGAGUCCAAGAACUCGAUUGAAGUUGAUUGCCAUGAUCGUCAUGACAUUCCUCGCCACCAGCUGAAACGGGUCAUUUGCUCCCUUUGUGACACAGAACAAGAUGUUCAACAGCACUGCAUCAAUUGUGGAGUUUGCAUGGGGAAGUACUUCUGCUCCGAAUGCAAGUUCUUCGAUGAUGAUGUCUCAAAGCAGCAAUACCACUGCAAAGAAUGUGGUAUCUGCAGAACUGGAGGGGAGGAUAACUUUUUCCACUGUGACAAAUGCGGAUGUUGCUAUUCAACGUUUUUGAAGGAUUCACACAACUGCGUCGAAAGAGCAAUGCACCAUAACUGCCCUGUGUGUUUUGAGUUUUUGUUUGAGACGACGAAAGACAUCACAGUAUUGCACUGCGGACACACUAUCCAUGUAGAAUGCCUUAAUCAGAUGCAAAGACAUUUUCAAUACUCUUGCCCUGUUUGCUCCAAGUCCUAUUGUGACAUGUCCCAAGCAUGGAAGAAACUUGAUCAAGAGGUUGCUUCAAGACCUAUGCCACAAAUUUAUCAGAAUAAGCUGGUUUGGAUCCUCUGCAAUGAUUGCGGAGAAACAUCAGAAGUGAACUUCCACAUCUUAGCACACAAGUGCCUGAAGUGCAAUUCAUACAACACAAGGCAGACCAGGGGAGCGAAAGCAGCAGCUUGCUCAUCAAGGAUCCCAGAAAUGGUGAGAUGAAUGGCUCUUUCUUUGCAUCUCCUUGUUUUCUGAGCUGGAAAAUGAAAAGAACCAACUACCAUGAUCCUUCCUCGUUACCGGAGCACCAUCCGAAUUGCUGGAACUUCGCCGAGAGGUGUUCAUUGCCAAAGCACCCAGAGGCUUAGCUUCCAGAGAGCUUUGUGGUUUAUAUUCUGUCAAGCGUCAACCUCUUAUAUCUUGGGGGAGAAGAAAAGUUUGUUAUGGGAGUGUUGAAGUUCUUCUCCAGUCAUUUUUCUUGCCUGGCCUCUGUACGUACUGUGGUUACGCUUCAUUUGAUCAGUUGAAAAAGAAAAACCAGGUAAAUAAAUUGAAAUCGGACUACACCAGAUCCGAAACAAAUGCAUUUUUCAUUC